UCUCUCUUUUUUUUAAUUAAAAACCCACACAACACUAGAAAAAAGAACAGGAAGAAGGCUGUUUAAAAAAAAAAGGGAACAUCUAGGGUUUGUUUGCAAAAAGAAAGCCAGAGCCGUUGAAAGAGGAGGGGAGAUCGGAUGGCUACACAAGGGCAGGCGGCGAUGGACCCCGCCGUACUAGAUGAUAUAAUCAGACGUUUAACAGAAGUCCGAUCAGCCAGACCAGGCAAGCAAGUUCAGCUAUCGGAGGCUGAGAUCAAGCAGCUCUGUGUUGCUUCUCGUGAUAUUUUCCUCAAACAACCUAAUCUGCUCGAGCUUGAAGCCCCCAUCAAGAUAUGCGGUGACAUUCACGGGCAGUAUAGUGAUUUAUUGAGACUUUUUGAGUAUGGAGGUUUUCCACCUGAAGCCAAUUAUUUAUUUUUGGGGGACUACGUUGAUCGAGGAAAGCAAAGUUUGGAAACUAUAUGCCUUUUGCUUGCCUAUAAGAUUAAAUAUCCAGAGAACUUCUUUCUUCUACGAGGAAACCAUGAAUGUGCUUCUAUAAAUCGGAUAUAUGGAUUUUACGAUGAAUGUAAGCGGCGGUUUAAUGUGAGGCUAUGGAAAUCCUUCACUGACAGUUUCAACUGCCUCCCUGUUGCUGCUUUGAUAGACGACAAGAUAUUGUGCAUGCAUGGUGGUCUUUCCCCUGAUUUGACCAAUUUGGAUCAAAUUAGAAACUUGCCUCGCCCAAUUGCUGUUCCAGACACUGGCUUGCUUUGUGAUUUACUCUGGUCAGAUCCUUGCAGAGAUGUUAAGGGAUGGGGGAUGAAUGAUAGAGGAGUUUCAUACACCUUUGGUCCUGAUAAGGUGGAAGAAUUUCUGACAAAGCAUGAUUUAGACCUUGUCUGUCGUGCUCAUCAGGUUGUGGAGGAUGGGUAUGAAUUCUUUGCCAACAGGCAACUUGUUACCAUAUUUUCAGCUCCCAACUAUUGUGGUGAAUUUGACAAUGCUGGUGCUAUGAUGAGCGUUGAUGAAAAUCUGUUGUGCUCCUUUCAAAUUUUAAAGCCCUCAGAGAAAAAGGCCAAUUUCAUGAUGCCAAACACAAUGUGAUGGCUGCAAUAUUAUUGGUCCUUGGUAUUACCCUAGGGGAACUGGCAUUGAAGAUUUCCAGGUACUCUAGGAGAUGCAGGCACGACUCCUCAUGCAUUAUUUACUGGUCGGUGGGGGAGAAGCUUAACAAAUCAGUUCUGAAGGCGCAUGCUGUGGGGUGUGCCAAAAGUCAGAAGGAUCUGUUCUCUUUUCUUUUUUUCUUUUAUCGAUCUAGUACUUUUCUUUGUAGUUCUUACUUCAGCAUAUGUGCAUAUAUUUGGCCUGGUAAUUAAAAUUAUGUUUAGGCAUCAAAAUUGGCCACGUUUAGCUCUAUAAAAGUAGUUUUAAGUUUUCCUGCU